AUUCUUCUGCCAAACUUUGGGUAACCCAGGUGUGUCCGUCCACCAGUGGCACCAGUAAUAAAGAAAAGAGGAAAUUGGAUCUUCAGGGAGAAUCCAGCAAAUCUCAAUCACCAGCUACUAAACGACACUGUGGCACUAAACCACAAUCAGACUCAGAAAUACUGACUAAAGUGAAAAGCAUCAUGAGAUUUGUUAAGAAAAGACUCAAGCCGGCCCAAGAAAACAAACUCAACAACUUCCUGAAGGAUAAAAUCGAUGAUUUGGAGACAGACAAGAGGGAGGUUGUUGGUGUCUUUGGUAGAACUGGGGCUGGAAAGAGCUCUUUGAUAAAUGCUGUCAUUGGAGAGAAGAAUCUCUUACCCACUGGAGAUGUCAGUGCAUGUACAUCAGUCAUGAUCAAAGUCGAGGCUAACACAGAUGCUAACCCACAGAACAAAAUCUAUCAGGCGGACAUUGAGUUCAUCCCAAAAGAGGAGUGGAAGGAUGAGUUGUUUCAGUUUCUUGGGGAUAAAGCAGAUCAGGAAGAUGACUAUUAUCGUGACUUUAAGGAAAAGCUGUCAGCGCUCUAUGGAGAAGAAAAGGAAAACAAAACCUCUGAAAUGCUCAUGGAUAAAAAAUAUUUCAAAGAAAUUCCGAAAUUUCUCAAAAACAAGAAGCAGAUUUUGACAUGUGAAUCAGCUGAAAAGCUAUCUAGAAGACUUGUCAGAUUCACAAGAUGUGACUCAGAAGAUGAAGAAAGUAAAGUUAAGAGUUGGUUCUGGCCACUGGUGAAGUGUGUGACUGUGAGGGUGCCUAAAAAUGAUCUUCUCCAACAUGUCACACUUGUGGAUCUUCCUGGAAAUGGGGACUGUAACCAGAGCAGAGACAACAUGUGGAAACAGUUAGUUAGAAGUUGUUCUACUGUAUGGAUUGUGACUGACAUUGAGCGAGCAGCAGCAGAGACAGAAGCCUGGGAGAUCCUGGAAAAUGCCAGCAAACUCAUGGGAAAUGGGGGCGAGUGUCAGCACAUUCACUUUAUCUGCGCCAGGUCUGAUGUGAAUCUUAAGGACCAUGAAGCCAUACUUAAAAGAAACAUGAAAGCCAAAAAAACAGUGCGCAAAAAAUUCAGCCAACAAGAGAAGAUCAAGAAACAAUUCAGUGAUGAAUGUUUGGAAGUUUUCACAGUGUCCUCCAAUGAGUUUCUAGCUAAAAACCACCUAAGCCCAAAUGAAACUGAAAUACCCAAACUUAAGGAAUUUCUGCAAAAACUCAAUGACUGUCACUCAGAGACAGUAAACUAUGUUUCUGGAGCUCGUGGGAUUCUCUCUCUGAUUCAAGUGGCCAGCUGUAGAAAAGGGGCUGACAAAAACACAGAUGUGUGCACAGACCUUGACAGAAAGAUGAAGCAUGAACUUGAUAAAGUCAGAAAACCCAUGAAAGAGGCAUACGAGGCUUUUGAAAAAUGCCUCAGUGAGGGGGUUGAAAGAUCAAAAAGUUCAUGUGAAAGUGUCUUGAUGUCGGUCAUACGUCCUAAAAAAGUAACAGGAGGUUUUCACCAGACAUUGAAGAGUGUAGUCAAUAAAGGUGGCACCCACAAAUCAAAAAAAGGGAAACAAAUAAAUCUCAAUGGGAAGUUAGCUUCAUGCCUGACUGACAGCAUUGACGAAGAAUUCAAGAAGACUUUCCCAAAUGAAAGAAAGUGUGGACCAUUCAACAAUGUCAUCAAUACGUUUUCACUUGACACAAAGAGUCUGAUUAAAAAGUACAAAGAUGUCAAACUGCAGCUGAUCUUUCUCAAGACAGAGGAAGACAAAAUUAAGACAGAACUCAACAAAAUGAUCCGGGAGCGUAAGAAAACAAUCUACAACAGUUUGGCUGAGCCAAUUGGGGAAAACAUGCAAGAAGGCUAUAGCAAAGCAGCAAAAUUUACAGGAAAGGACACGCUGGAAAAUAUGAGAAACACUCUUGAGAAGCACGUACGUGCUGCAAAGGACACCAUGUUUGAGAAGGCUAAAGAAGAAUUGUUGAAACAGCUGAGAGACUUGAGGGAAGAGAUCCUGGAGAAGCUGGAGAAAACAAUGCAGAAAUCAAUCGAGCUGUCACUCAAGACAGAUGGUGACUCAAUCCUAGAUGUUGCACAGCAGCUUGAGGAGGUGGAGGACUACUACAAAGAACUGAAGGCCCAGCAGCAGAGGCCAUGACGUGCACAGGUUUGCUCCGUGGAGAGAAACAGCCGAGGCCAGAUUCCCCACUAAAGGUCCUGCAGACCCACUGAUUACUGACGUCAGGCCUCUGGAUUUAGUCUCAACCAUUUUUGUCAAGUUGCUAUCCCUGUCCUCUUUAAGUGUUGUUUUGAUAUGUACUUUGAGUUUGCUUAUGGUGAAUUACAUGGUGAGAGAUUUUAGAUUUUCUAUUUUUGGUAGGACAUUUUUUAUUAUAGAUCAGAGGCAGACAGAAAAUGUGGAGAGGUGGAGAGAGACAAAGGGAUGACGUACAGCAAAGGUUCCCAGUCUGAGUUAAACCAUGGACGUUGUGUAAUGGUACACGUCUUAGCCACUAGGCCAAUAUGGUGUAUUUUUGUUUUUAAUGAUUUAACAUGAUUUGAUUUUUAGUUCUCUUUGAAUAUAUUUUCAUGUUUUUUUUUUUCCAUAAUUUGAUUUCAUUAGUAUUGGUCAAUGGGAUGAGAGUGGUGACAU